AGAAAAAAAUCCCGAGCAAUCGUAUUUAUCAAGUAUAACAGACUUGAUAAAAAUUCUUUGCAAAUGACGCUUCCACGAAACAAAAAUUAUUCGCCGGCGCAAUCAAACAUGCAAAUCGCAAACCUCUCUACGUACGCGAAAUAAUUUCUAGGUGGGUAGGAAAAAAAAAAUAACGAUUUCGCAUAUUUAUGCGAUAGAUUCGUGAUAUAACAAACGUAUCACUUGAAACUAAUUCAUCAAGAAUAUUCCGGAGAGGAUGAAUCCAUCGGAAGCGUUUUAUUUCAUUUCUGCAAAAGACGGCGGUAACAAUAUAACGUAUAACACAGACCGCUACGCUUGUCUACGAUGGGAACAGAUGUUUAUCGCGUAUACCAGCAUUUCCAGAGGAGUUAUUAAUUCUGAAUGAAGUUGUUCAAAGAUGAUACGAAAUUCGUUGCACAAGACAGAUUGCAAUUACGUAAUUCUCUACGUGAAUCCCGUAUCCUCGUUGCGUCACAUGUGUAUUUACCCGUCUGUGUGACUGAGUGAAUCCGUUGGUCGUGUUCGUUCGCUAGAUUGCUACGAGCCGCAGCCAUCUUCAACACACAGUCAUCGCGAUGAUUACUCCCGGCUGAAAAUACCGUGGAAUAUGUCAGGUCUCGUUCCCGAAAGCGAAAACGAAAUUAACUAGGUGACGAACUGCGAAAAAAAAAAAAAGAGAAUAAAUAUAUUAAUGCAAUAGCAAACACUAACGAACUAUGGGGAACAAUCCAAUUUGUCAUGGAAAUUUUUGAAAAAUCAUCGAGCACACAUACGCACACAUGGCUCGCGCGCGCGGAUUCUCAUUCAAAAGCGUUGAACCAAUCUAAACAUGGAAAAAUUUAUUUUUUUUUCUCUCUUUUAACAAAUCUAGUGAACGGAUAUUAACGCGCGAAUUGAAUGCAGCCGUCAUGUGAUUUGCAAAACAAAAGAGGAUUUUAUUUCGUACCGACUGAUAAAUCGAGCACACCGUUAAAACGUCCUAAAUAAUAGAGAAUUCUUGUUUCUCUUCUUUCGCGAUUCUGUUUUUUGCGUUUGGCCGUGCGGACAGAUUUAGAAAAUGAAUGUGGUGCUUCAGACACACGGUGCCAAACACAUAUACAAGGUACCAGAAGGGCUGAGAGAACUGUGCGCCGAUAUCUCGCGAGAAGUUCUUCGUUCUCAGCCGGCUGAUCUACUCCCGUUUAUCGCCGAAUAUGUGGACACGCUUCUAAUCACUCGCGAGAACACAAAAGGCACGAAAGCUUCUCCUUAAAUUCUUCCUCGCUCUUUUUUUUUCUUUAUUUAUCCUUCUACUUUUGCUUUGUUCUUUUAAUGUUCACGGCCGCGUAAAAGUUAAAAGUUCCAAUUUUACUUUUCAACAGUCGCGGUCAAAGUCGUGAACAACAUUCUGCUGGAGAGCCAGGCAAUUCUGAGCAUACUUUACCGGGCCGGUUUCACUUUGGAGCAGAUCGCGGUCACGGCUCCGCGGAUCCAAGUAAGUUUUAUUGUCGCGUGCUGUCGAUGCCCGCACGUGAUACUUCCGCGUCUUUCUUCCCUUUUCAGAGAGCAUUCCGCGAGUACCUGGACGCGGUUGACACGCAACCAACACAGAUAUACGAAGGUAAAAGAAUCGUAAAAGAAAGCUAUACAACGUU